GAAAAAUCAUUUCACUGUAUUUUGGAAACAAUUUUUGUUGUGGCGGCGAAAAACAAGUGAAAAGCUCAUUAUCAAGUACAAAAUUAGUUGCAAUGCAUUUCAUUAAACUUUAUAAAAUAAAUAUUUCUGUGUAUAGCUUCAAAAGCAAAUAAGUAGAUGCCAGGAAGCAUCUCUAUUUACCGUGAAGGUGCUAGUAAAGGUAGUGGUGCCAGGUGGACACAACUGGAGACGUAGAUAUGCCAAGUAUAGAUCAACCACCAUACGAAUAAAAAACAAACUACUGUCUGUGGCGACGGCGCAAAUGAGGCAAUCCAUACACAAACGUCGAAAAAUAUGACAAAAAAAUUUUAAUGAAAGAAAAACAGAAAAAUUUUCAGUGAAAAUUUGUUUCUAGUGGUGGACGGAUCAAAACACGCAAUACUCGUACUGACUGCUGUAAACAUACCUACAUACAUAUUUCAUUGCUCCAGCACUGUAUUGUUGCAUAUAUAUAUCAUCAAAUUGCUGGAAAUUAAUAAUAUACACAUAUAUAAUAUACAAUAUAAAUCAGCGACGACGGCAUUGAAACAUUUAAAAUCAGCAGUGCUCUGAAAAAUUAAUUGUGAAAAUCACUCAAAGUAAAUACAUAAAUUAAUUGUGUUGACUAGUUCAUUGACGUAGAGGCAUAACUAUGGCUGAGGUCCGACGACGAAAAGGCGAGAACGAUGCCAGCGACGAUGCUGGAGAGAAAGCAGGAGAAGGUGACAAACGUAACUCAGCGGCGGACUCAUCUGAUCAUGUCGAUUCAGAGGAGGAAAAAUUGCCGGAGGAUAAAUUCGUUGAUGAGUUAUCGAAAACGCUUCCACAAGGCACUGAUAAGACACCGGAAAUUUUAGAUUCAGCCUUAAAAGAUCUACCGGAUAGAUGGAAGAAUUAUGUGAUUCGUGGCAUCUUCACUUGGAUUAUGAUAUGCGGUUUUGCACUAAUCAUAUACGGCGGCCCACUGGCGCUUAUGAUAACGACUUUGCUGGUACAAGUCAAGUGUUUCCAAGAAAUCAUUUCCAUCGGUUAUCAAGUCUAUCGCAUACAUGGCCUACCCUGGUUCCGUAGUUUGUCCUGGUAUUUCCUGCUGACAUCGAAUUACUUCUUCUACGGCGAAAAUUUAGUGGACUAUUUUGGCGUAGUUAUUAACCGUGUGGAAUAUUUGAAAUUCUUGGUGACCUAUCAUCGUUUCCUAUCGUUUGCAUUGUAUUGCAUUGGUUUCGUCUGGUUUGUGUUGUCGCUGGUGAAAAAGUAUUAUAUGAAGCAGUUCAGCCUGUUCGCUUGGACACACGUCUCGCUGUUGAUUGUGGUCACACAGAGUUAUUUGAUCAUACAGAAUAUUUUCGAAGGUCUCAUUUGGUUCAUUGUGCCCGUAUCGAUGAUUGUAUGCAACGAUGUAAUGGCCUACAUGUUUGGCUUCUUCUUCGGUCGUACUCCACUAAUUAAAUUAAGUCCGAAGAAGACAUGGGAAGGAUUUAUUGGUGGUGGCUUUGCGACAGUUAUCUUUGGCAUUAUCUUCUCCUACAUUCUCUGCAAUUAUCAAUAUUUUGUAUGCCCAAUACUGUAUUCAGAGGAAUUGGGCCGCAUGACAAUGGCUUGUGAGCCAAGUUAUUUGUUUACGAAGCAAGAUUACAGCCUAAGUGUGUUUGGCAUCGGCAAGUCGCUUAGUAUGUAUCCAUUUGUUUGGCAUUCGGUAGCAUUGAGUUUGUUCAGCUCAAUUAUCGGACCGUUUGGUGGUUUCUUCGCUUCCGGCUUUAAGCGUGCAUUUAAAAUAAAGGACUUUGGUGAUAUGAUACCCGGUCAUGGCGGUAUUAUGGAUCGUUUCGAUUGCCAGUUCUUAAUGGCAACAUUUGUGAAUGUUUACAUUUCCAGUUUUAUAAGAACGCCAGCACCAUCCAAGAUAUUGACACAGAUUUAUAACUUGAAACCGGAGCAGCAAUUACAAAUUUUCCAAUCACUCAAAGAAAGUCUUGGCGACUUGAUAACCAACUAGAGAUUUUGCAAAAACUAUUAAAUUUAAGCGUAUACUAUACUGACAAAACAAAAACAACAAAAAACACAUAUACGAAUACUACAUAUUUGUUAAAGAAUGAUAUCAAUAAUUUAGCUAUUUGUUUAUUUGUAUUAUAAAUAUUGAAUGCGUUGUUCAUA